AUGACACCCAGUGGUGGACUAUGUGGGACUGAUGGAAUGCGAGCCCAACCUUCCCUGGUCCAAGCAACUAUGUGCCUCCAGGAGAACCAUCGAGGUCUGAUUUCCGCACAUCAGUUUGGCACCCCAGAUGGGACCCUCUCUGUUCGGCUGCAGGACCGGCUGAGAGAGGGGACGCCUUUGGUGCGCCCCGAGAUUUCUCGGAAGGACUCCCUUUCCUCACCUGAUCACUGCAGGAGCAGACAAGGACCAUCGAUCGGUGGACCAGUUUUAAAUGAAGAUUUGACCCCGACAAGUAAGGAAUUUGUAACAAUAAAGGGAGCCACUGCUCAACCCAAGAGGGCUUAUUUCCUCAAACCUUUGGAAUUUAAAUUGGGAAAACAAGUAGGGAUACAUCAGUUUCUGUAUCUGCCUGAUUCACCACAUCACCUCCUAGGGCAAGAUCUACUAGAGCAAUUACGGGCAGAGAUAAGGUUCGAAUCAGGGAAAAUGAAGUUCAAAGUAAAAGAUGAUUCUUUUGUAAAAGUGCUUAGCUUGGCACUGAUAACAGCCUCGGAGGACUCGGGGAUUCCCAAAGAAAUAAUUAACCAAGUCUACCCAGGGGUAUGGGCAACAGAGGUCCCAGGGCGUGCAAAUAACACCUCUCCCAUUGUAAUUAAGGUAAAACAAGAAGCCCAGACCCCCCAAAUUAAACAAUACCCUCUGAGAGCAGAAGAUAGAGAAGGGAUACAACCGAUAAUUGACCAAUUCAUAAAAUAUGGGUUACUAGUGGAGUGUGAAUCGAAAUACAACACUCCGAUACUCCCAGUUAAGAAACCUGAUGGGAGUUAUCGUAUAGUACAGGAUCUGAGAGCAAUUAAUAAGAUAGUAGAAGAUUUGUACCCGCUAGUAGCCAAUCCAUAUACAUUACUCACCAGGUUAUCUAAUGAAUUGGCUUGGUUUACCGUACUAGACCUGAAGGAUGCACUCUUCUGCCUGCCUCUGAGCCCUGAAAGCCAAUUAUUAUUUGCAUUCGAGUGGGAAAAUCCCAAAUCAGGAAGGAGAACACAACUUACAUGGACAGUGCUUCCCCAAGGGUUCAAGAAUAGCCCGGCAAUCUUUGGAAAUCAGCUAGCAAAAGAUUUAGAGCAAUGGGAACGCCCCUCUGGGAAAGGAGUUUUAUUGCAGUAUGUAGAUGACCUCUUAAUAGCGACAGAAACAGAAGAAUUGUGUAUAGCAUGGACUAUAAGCUUACUAAAUUUCCUUGGACUUAAUGGACACAGAGUUUCUCCACAGAAAGCCCAAGUGGCUAAGCAGCAAGUAGUCUAUUUAGGCUACGGAAUCACAGCUGGAUUAAGGACGCUCGGAACAGUGAGGAAAGAAGCCAUCUGUCAAACGCCUGAACCACAAACUGCUAAGGAGCUGCGCACAUUCCUGGGAAUGACAGGCUGGUGUCGGCUGUGGAUACAUAACUACGGACUACUGGUAAAACCGCUCUUUGCACUUUUAAAAACUAACCCCAGUGUUCUCACUUGGGAUGGGGAAACCAGGAGAGCCUUUAAACUAUUAAAGCAUGAACUCAUGCAAGCUCCUGCUUUAGGACUUCCAGAUACAACAAAACCAUUCUGGCUUUACUCAUAUGAAAAACAGGGAAUAGCUUUAGGGGUUCUGGCCCAGGACUUGGGGCCCUAUCGAAGGGCUGUAGCCUACUUCUCCAAGCAGUUGGAUGAAGUAAGCAGAGGAUGGCCUGGCUACCUAAGGGCAGUGGCUGCACUAGUGUUAAAUGUUCAGGAAGCGCGUAAAUUUACUCUGGGCCAGAAGAUUACAGUAUUAACAUCCCAUACCGUCUCAACAGUAUUAGAAGCAAAGGGUGGGCAUUGGCUCUCACCACAAAGAUUCCUCAAGUAUCAAGCCAUCCUGGUGGAACAGGAUGAUGUAAAGAUAGUAGUAACUAAUAUUAUCAAUCCAGCAUCAUUCCUCAGCGGGGCCUCAGGAAAAUCAGUAACCCAUGACUGUCUGGAAACCAUCGAGGCAGUGUGUGCCAGCUGGCCAGACCUGAAGGAGGAACUGCUAGAGGACGCUGAAAAUUCUUGGUACACCGAUGGUAGUAGCUAUGUGCGCCAAGGAGUACGGAGGAUGGGAUAUGCUAUAACAACUGAUAACGAGGUAAUGGAGUCAGGAGCCUUAACUCCAAACAUCUCGGCACAAAAAGCAGAAAUCAUAGCUCUAAUUCGAACAUUAGAGCAAGCAGAAGGAAAAAGGAUCAACAUAUGGACCAAUUCAAAAUAUGCCUUUAGCAUGGUGCAUGCCCAUGGAGUAAUAUGGAAAGAGAGAGGAUUAUUAUCAAGCCAAGGGAAAGGCAUUAAGAAUGCCAAGGAGAUUCUCAGACUUUUAGAAGCAGUACAGCUACCAGAGAAAGUGGCCAUUAUGCAUUGCAAAGCGCAUCAAAAGGGGAAGACACCAAACGAGAUGGGCAAUGCCUUCGCAGACCGAGAGGCUAAAAGGGCAGCGGAGGAGGAUCCAGUAAAGGUGCAGUCUCUGGUCCCAGACGGUAAAAUCCAAAUUGAUAAUGAACCUAGGUACUCAAAGGAAGAUAAUAACCUUAUAAAAGAUAUAGGAGGGCAGGUAGGAGAAGGGGGAUGGGUCACUACUCCGCAGGGCAAAAUAGUUGUUCCCACAGCUUUAUUAUGGGCGGUGGUGAUGGCUGAACAUAGAAAGACCCACUGGGGGGCUGAGGCGCUAUAUAAACAUUUGGUCCAGCAGAUAGUUGCCCGAAACUUAUAUACCACCAUUAAACAGGUGACUCAACAAUGUGAGAUCUGUCUACGAAAUAAUCCCAAAUCAGGUUAUAAGAUCUCACUAGGACAAAUAGGGAGAGGAAAUUACCCAGGACAACAAUGGCAAAUCGAUUUUUCGGAACUUCCAAGAAAAGGGGGGUACAGGUAUACACUGGUAUUGACUGAUACCUUUUCGGGAUGGCCAGAGGUAUUCCCCUGUAGGACUAAUAAAGCUCGGGAGGUAACAAAGGUACUGUUACAUGAGAUAAUUCCGAGGUUCGGGGUCCCUGCCACAAUGUCAUCAGAUCGGGGUCCACACUUCAUUGCUAAGGUGGUCCAACAAAUAAGCACAUUAUUGGGAAUUGAUUGGCAAUUGCACACACCUUACCAAUUGCAGUCAAGCGGGCAGGUAGAGAAAAUGAACCACCUGAUCAAAUUACAGAUAGUGAAACUUGGCCAGGAAACUGGGAUUCCCUGGCCACAGGCACCGCCUUUGGCACUUUUAAGAAUUCGGACUAAACCCUGAACCAAGGAAGGACUAAGCCCAUAUGAGAUUCUUUAUGGGCGACCCUAUAGAGUGCAAAAGGGAAUCUCUAUGCAGGAAGGGGACGAGGUGUUGAAUGAGUAUAUGAUCAGCCUAGCCAAGCAAUUAAAGAAAAUUGAAAAAGCAGUGUUCGGUGCCAGGGCACGAGGCCUAGAUGGGCAACUGACAUCGAUUCUGGUGCCUCUUGUGGUUGAUCAGGAGACACUCUUCCUGGGCCUGAAGAUUCUCCCUCGCAGCUCGGACUCUCUCCUGGAAACUCUCCCUCUUGUCUUGAAGACUCUCUCGCUCAUCUAA